UUUUCUGAAGAUCAGAGAAAAAUGAUGUUUGCUAACCUCCUUAGAUCCUCUCCCAGGAACACUCAGGCUGGUUUUUACAUGAAUCAAGUUGUCACUGCUCGAAUCUUGAUGCAGCAUCUGCAUCCAGCACCUGCACUGGUCAAAUGUAGUAGUACAGAGGCAUCACUGCAAAAGGAAGAUUCAGCAACUAAGAAUGCUAAAGGGUUUAAGGGCCAUGAUAUGUUGUCACCUUUCACAACUGGGUGGCAGAGUACUAAUUUGGAUCCUCUACUAAUAGAGAGGUCUGAGGGUCCCUAUGUCUAUGACAGUAAUGGGAGGAAGUAUCUUGAUGCUCUGGCUGGUCUGUGGUGCACAGCUUUAGGGGGAAGUGAACCACGGCUUAUUGCUGCUGCAACUGCUCAACUAAAUACCUUGCCAUUUUAUCAUUCCUUUUGGAAUCAUGCUUCAAAGCCCUCUUUGGAUCUUGCUAAGGAACUUCUGAACACUUUUACAGCAACAAAAAUGGGAAAAGUCUUCUUUACAAGUAGUGGAUCAGAAGCAAAUGACACACAGGUGAAGCUGGUUUGGUAUUAUAACAAUGCACUUGGAAGACCAAAUAAAAAGAAGUUCAUAGCUCUUGAAAAAUCGUACCAUGGGACGACUCUCAUAUCAGCUAGUCUUUCUGGACUUCCAGUGUUGCAUCAAGGUUUUGAUCUGCCUUCUCCAUUUGUGUUUCACACUGAUUGCCCUCAUUACUGGCGCUUUCAUCUUCCAGGGGAGACUGAAGAGUUGUUCUCAACCAGAUUAGCCAAUAAUUUGGAGAAGCUUAUCCUCAAAGAAGGACCAGAAACGAUUGCAGCUUUCAUUGCAGAGCCUCUCAUGGGAGCAGGAGGUGUGAUUCCUCCCCCCACUACUUAUUAUGAGAAGAUACAAGCUAUUCUGAAAAAAUAUGACAUUCUGUUUAUAGCGGAUGAGGUAAUUUGUGCAUUUGGAAGGCUUGGAGCAAUGUUUGGAUGUGACAAAUACGGCAUCAAGCCAGACCUUGUCUCCAUUGCCAAGGCUUUCUCUUCUGGAUAUAUGCCCAUUGGAGCCGUUCUCGUGAGCCCUGAAAUUUCAGAUGUUAUACACUCCCACAGUAACAAACUUGGUUCUUUUGCUCAUGGAUUUACAUUUUCCGGGCACCCUGUAUCCUGUGCAGUAGCAUUGGAAGUACUCAAGAUCUACAGGGAAAGAAAUAUCAUUGAGCAAGUCCAGAGCCUCUCCCCAAGAUUUCAAGACGGCAUAAGAGCCUUCUCUGACAGUCCUAUCAUUGGAGAAAUACGGGGAACUGGCUUGCUUAUUGGUAUCGAGUUCACAGACAAUAAGUCUCCUAAUGAUUCAUUCCCUCCUGAAUGGGGGGUGGGGGCAUAUUUUGGAGCAGAGUGCAAGAAGCAUGGAAUGAUAGUUCGUUCUGCCGGGAAUAUCAUAGUGUUGUCUCCUCCCCUUAUAAUCUCCCCAGAAGAAGUUGAGAAGAUAAUAAGCAUAUAUGGGAAGGCCCUGAAGGCUACUGAAGAGAGGGUGAAGGAACUCAAGUCUCAGGAGAAGUAGCAGAGGAAGAUGGUGGCUAAUAUUUGAUAAUUAUCACCUUUUUCUUAAGACCAUUCUUAUCUAAAUAAAGUCUCUUCC